AUGGGUCUCGUGCAAGCAGUUCUGUUCUUCUUUGUCAAACAAUUCACUUAUUCGCUGACAGGAGGCCUCUACUAUGAACAUGCUGCAUAUUUGUUCAUUAACGUGAUACAUAUUCUCUUUUAUACAUUCUUUAUAUUGUUUCCUUUAUUUUUCAUAUUGGUUUUUGGAUUUGGAAAUAUAUUUGCCGAGAUCAUUUACUCAUGUUGCAUAUUACUGUUUUUUGGAGUCAUCAAGAUCUUCAAUGUGUAUUUUCAUGAAUACUUUGAUUCACAUUCAAAACAAGAGAAAAUUACGGCAAAAACAACAACAACAGCACCAACGACCUCUACUGUAAACAAUAUUCAUUCCAAUGACAACAAUAACAACCCAACAACCACAGACCCUCCUCGGAAUGAUGACCAUCUCAAUAAUCAUGCAAAUACAAUUACCAUUGAGGAAGUAGAAGAAAAGCCUAUAUCCUAUGAAAACAAGAAUUCAACGACCAAUGGACCUACUACCACAGCGAUAGCCUCAUCUAGUGAAGAACAACAACAACAACAGCCUCAAACAGAGGAUAUUCAGAACAUUUCCAUCAGCAUUGUGGACUCUCAAGAGAAUAAUACUCUCUCAUCAUCCAACAAUAACUCCACAACGCGAGAACAACAACAACAAAAUUCAUCCUCUCCUCAAGUCGUAGUCGGAAUUGUUCCACAAUUAGAUGGACCUUCCGAUGAUCAUGAGGAUGAAUCUUCUUCGAGUAAAUCAUCAUCUUCCUCGUCUGGAACUAACAUUCCAGUUCAUGUUCAUCACACCACUACCACCACAACAACAAGAGCGGCACAUGAAACCACUGUGUCUGGCGAGACAGAAACACUACCCACAAAUAAUGGCAGUAGUAAUAGUCAUUCUCAACAGGAUCAAGAGCCAUCUUCUUCUUCGGGACAUGAGGCUAAUGCUUCACCUAAAAUUCCAGAAAUGAGAACAUUUGUAUUCGAAUUUGUGGAUGAAUUUGGAGAUAUUCAAUCGUAUGAAAUGUCUGUCACAUUGGAAGAGUAUGAACGAUUAAUGAGAGAAAAGAAAAAGAAUUCGAGAGCUACUUCACCUACUUCGACUCCUGUGGCAAAUACUGCUGAAAAUGGAGAAGGUGCAUCCAGAACUUCAAUCACACCUCCACAACAUUUAUCAAGAAUACCUGCUGCUACCGCUUCUUCUUCACAACAAAAAGAUACUAGCUCAGAUUACAAAAUUUCUAUCUUUGGAAAGUCCUAUCAUGUAUUUUUCGACAGAAGAACAUUGGAAUACCUGUUUGAUAGAGAUCACAAUCCACGAGUGGAGGUUUUAGCAGUUCCUUUAAUUGCUUUUGGUGUGGCUUGGAUGGGCCUUCGAUUGACUGCAUUAUUAGACAGAAAUUGGGCCAGUAUUGUUUUUAUGAUUUUAGCAAUUGCUCAAUCUCACUUUUCUUUGAUUAAGAGUCCAAAACCUGAGGCCAAUUCUCCAUUCCAUUUCUCACGAGGAAGUAAUUACACUCGAUCGUUUUAUGUCUUGUUUUUUGGAACUAUUGCCCUGAUUUGUCAUGCCAUUUCGAGAGUUUCAGACCCAUUUGUGGUGAUCUAUGGUCUCAAUAUUAAUUUUGGAUUAAUUUUUCUCUCCGUCAAGGAUAUUGCAACAUUUAUCAUCAUGUGUUUCCCAAUUAUUUUCCUAUUUGGUGUUUUACCUCAACCCAUGUCAUUUAUAUUUGUUUUUUGUGAACAAAUUCACAUGCACAUGUUUGGAGGAAGUGGAUCCAUCUCUCUAUACGGUCUCCUAUUUCAAUUAUUUUCCUCUCUUGUGACAGUUGGCAUUCUUAUUGGUGUUGGAUACACCAGUGCUCUCAAUUUGACAUGGACAUCUGAUUACUACUCUGCAUUUUACAGUGGUGUUCUCGUGUCAGGUUGUUACAUUUUGAGCAGAAUGCCAUCAAAUCAUCGAUUCUAUACCUCAAUUUUUGAAGACGUGUUCGCUCUAUAUUGGGAUAAUUAUAUUCCUUCAAAGAUUCGCAAGCAACAAAAAACAAAGGAUGAAAUUAGAGAACGAAAAAAUAAGGAAUUGGAGUUGAACAUUUCAAAUGUGAAUCCAAUUUUAAGAAUUGUCAAAGAUUUGGCAAUUGCAGUAGUCUUGUUUAUUGUAGCAUUCGUCCCACAACUGUGGGAUGCAUUCCAAAGAGGAAAUCCCUACCUCUUAUAUGUGUUGACAGCUUUGAAUGUCUUUAUUGGAAUUUUAUGUUAUUAUAUCUAUCCUCAUCUCUCAAAGCAUCAUCCAUUCACAAUCUUUAGAUAUCCUCUCCUUUCAAAGAAUCAACCCUCCGUCAAGUUUUUAGGAAAACAGAAAUGGAUUUGGUACGAACUUGUAUUUUACAUUCUACAGUGGACAGAACAUGUGUUCUAUGUGGUGAUUAUUCUUUCAAGCAUUUCUUCGACUGUUUUCCAUUUACAAACCAAGUGUCAUGCUGGAGUAGCACUGACCAUUGCCUCCAUUUGUGCUGUGAAAUUAAUGAGAUGUACAUUCUCAGAUCCUACCCGGUUGACCUCAGCUUUAUUUUUCAGUGUGAUUAUUUCACACGUGGAUGCUUUUAAUAUUUCUGAAGGUUUAUUGGUUGACUUUUUCGUUUUCACAUACAUAAUGCCUAAAAUGGCCGAAAUUGGACGCAAGUUACAAUUUAUUUGCAUUUACAGCACUCCACUUUCAUGGUCCUCUGGUCUUUAUAUUAUCAUGCAACCAUUAGGAAUUCCAUUUUCUCAAUUUUUCUUUGUGCAACUCAUCUAUUCAGUCAUUUCCAAUGCACCCAUGUAUCCUCUCAUUGGAGGUGCUUUAUGGUUUUUAGGAUACAGUAGAGCUGCAAAAUUCUUUGAAAAAGAUUAUCGAACGAGUCGAAAAGAUGUCACCAAUCAAACCUUAGGACAAACAUUGGAAGGUGGAGGACUCGAUCAACACACAGUUGAUAAUUUGAACUCAAUUUUCUAUGAGCAUUUAGUGAACGCAUUAAGAGAGAGAUUCCCUGAAAUUAUCAGAAAAGGUCAAGUUGGACCAAUUCAACAAGGAGACAUUUUUAUAUUUAUCAAUGACAACUUGACAGCAAUUGUUCACAUUAUUGAGGUUGGAAAUGGUGUCUUCUCUUUCCAAAUUCGUGGUCUUGAAUUUAAAGGAACAAUUUGUCAAGAAGAAGAACAACGUAAUUUAUUGAGUCGAAUUAACAGAGAUGAAGAGGCCAUGUUUGAUGCAUGGUGUGAAGAUGGAUGUUCUCCCUAUGCACCAAAAUUAGAACUUCUUUCCAUUAAGGAUAUUAUCACGCUGAGAUGGCACAGUUGGGAAGUGGUUCAAACUGGAAUCAAACUCAAAACAUACAACAUGUUGGAAAAUAAGGUUGAUAACUUGAUGAGCUCCAAUGAUGAAAGAAAAGCAGUUGUUACACUCUAUGUACGAUCGGUGCUGUAUUAUGUCAUUCAAUCAGAUCAAUUGGAUCGUUGGAUUCAAGCCGAUCAUUCAUUUUGUCCACAUAUUGACAAGAUUGGAAACCAGAAAAAGAUGGAUUUUGAUCCAUUAUUUACCUCCAAAUUCGAUAUUGAUUUUGAUGCGUCUGGAAUGGGUGGAGUUUCCUACACGAAAUUUAUUGAAAAACACCAUGACUUUAUGAAUUAUUUCAUUGAGGAUCGAAAGAAAUCUCGAAAUGGCUUGAACUACAAUGAAGAACAAGUAGAACGAAUUCGAAAACUUUGUUUCUUGGCAAGUUUGACAGCACGAAGAGCUCUCGCAUCUCAUGAUGGAACGACUUCAGCACACAGUCUUCGAACAUUUAUUCAAAAAGUUCACACUCUCUUUGUUGGAGAUUAUAGAAUUACCAGUACGAAUGAUGAAUGGGUAUUUAAUGAUAUUAGCAUUUUAGAUCAUUGUAUCAAACCUGCCAUUUGUAUGGCUCUUCGUCUCUAUCAAGCAAGAUUUGCUGCAGAAGAAGUCGAUGCUCCUGAAGUGUUUUGUAAUCUCAUUAAGGACGAUUAUAAGGAUUUAGUAAUUGCUCAUGAAGGAGAUCCAAAGUGGAGAGAAAGUAUUAUGGCCGAUCAAUCGGAAUUGUUCUCUCUGAGAAAGAAGGUGCUGGAUAAGGGAGCGAUUGAUUACUUUAUUUUAAUGUUGGAAAUGAGAGAAAUUGAGUUUAGUAUUGUCAAGUUGAACAAGGAAGGUGUGAGAGGUUUAUGGGCCUCUCAGCAACAUGAAUUGGUGUAUUUGGGAGUGGAACAACCUGAGAGAGCUUCUAUUCAAAACAUGUCACACACUUUGAGAAAUAUUUGUAACUCGAGCAUGGACAUUCCAAUUGGUUAUCCUGUCAUGGUGAGUUCAGUGACAACUGCUUAUUGGUAG